CCCAAUCACACCACACAAUACAUGUUUGUGGGGAAAAUCCACGUGCGCUCAUUUAUAAUUUUUUCCCAAUUUCGAUCAACUUUUAUGUAAGAAGUCUUAAUCAAAUUAGAUUGAUCACAAAAUGAGCAAAGUCCAGCAUCACUCUUUCGUCAAGAAACGAAAGGCGAAGCACACAGAAGACGAAGUUCAAGAUGAAUUAACAAGGCUGCAGGAAAUUGUGUUCCGAAAGGCAGUUCAAAAGGAUGAUCAGGAGGUCGUUGAUGCCACUUAUGACCUAGAUGACAAAAAAGACGACCCUCCCCCAGAGAAGAAAAUCAGAGCUCCAGCUUGGGAAGACGAGGAAGAUUUUCUUUUGACGGUCGAUGACGUGGUUAGCAAUGCAACUGAUCACCCCAGUCUGCGGCGAAAGUCAUCCUUGCCUUUGACGUCAAAAACAGACCGAUAUGAUAAAAUGCUGGCGGAGAAUUUGAGGGCCAUCGUUGGCACUCCAAAAUGGGCCAAGCUCAAGGAAUCGACAGGGGAAGAAGAGGAGUUUGGCUCCAAAGUGCUCAGGAAUGCGUCACAAUUGCUUGGGUCGAGUUCCACCUUGUCUGCCACCAUGCUGAAUUACACUCGACUCAAUGAUAUGAACGAGAAAGGAAUUGCGCAGAAAGCGAUUAUCACGUCAAUUGAGUUUAACCCGACUGCCCAAGUCUCAGCAGUGGCAAAUCGGUCUGGCAAUGUCACAUUUUAUCAAGUCGACGGCGAUAAAAAUUCGCUACUCCACAAAAUAGCAUUCCAGAAGUUCCCAAUUGAUUCUGCCAAGUUCUCACCUGAUGGAAGUGAAUUUCUUGUGGGAUCUUCUUACAGAGCCAGCUUCCAGAGUUUGGACUUGGCUACAAACAAGGCUUCAAUGAUCCCAGCUCCUCUCUCAGGACCUGAAUUCAACAAUACUGAGUUAUUUUGCCUAUCCAAUAAUGGCCAGUACAUUGCUCUUGCUGGGAAAGAUGGAUCGGUGGCAAUCUUGACUUCUCACACCAAGGAGCUGAUCCACACACUUAAAGUGCCUUGCAAGUGCGUUUCCCUCUCAUUUUCCUCAGACUCGAGUAUGCUCUUCACUUAUUCAGUUGAUGGCAAAGUUUACAUCUGGGAAGUGAAUCAAAGGAAAUGCCUGCACAGGUUUGUGGAUGAGGGAUGCCUGCGAGGUGUGAGCAUGUCUUUGGCACCGAGAGACCAGUAUUUGGCUCUGGGCUCCAGCUCAGGCAUCGUCAACGUCUACAGUCAAAGUUCCUUCAUGCCAACUGGUGAGGAGAUUUCCAUGUACCCUCAGCCUGUGAAAGCUAUCACGAAUUUGACAACUGAAGCGACCUGUGUUCAAUUCAAUUCCUCAGCUCAGAUUCUAGCCAUAGCUUCAAAAAUGAAGGACUCAUCCAUUAAACUAGUUCAUUUGCCAACUUUGACGGUAUUCAAAAACUUCCCCAUUGUGAACAUGGCGCUUGGAAGGGUAGGGAGCAUCAACUUUUCACCCAACAGCGGUUACAUGGCCAUAGGAACCAAUAUUGGCACUGCCAAGCUUAUAAGGUUAAACCACUUCAGCAAUUACUGAAAACCUCCAAUACAGAUAGUUUUUAACAUUAAAUCAAA